CACCUUUGCAUUAUGCCUGUGCACAUGGCCAUCCUGAUAUAGUGACCCUCCUACUACAAUGGAAUUGCGACAUUGAGCUCCGUGACAGUUACAACAGCACAGCGCUAAUUAAGGCUGCACAGUAUGUCCAUGAAGAUUGUUUGGCAAUUUUAUUAGAACAUGGUGCCGACCCAAAUGCAAUUGACAGCAAUGGGAGUGCAGCUCUGCACUAUGCCGUUUACAGAGAGUGCAUCUCAAUGGUAACGAUCCUUCUGGAAUACAAGGCCGAUACCAGUAUAACGAACAAGGAUGGCGUUUCACCCCUUAUACUGGCUCAACAGGGAAGCAAUGAGAGCCUGAUAAAAUUGUUAGCAGGCAAGGACACAGUAAAAAGGACAGAAGAAGCUGAGGAACCAGAGAGGCUUACACUUGAAAUAUCUGACUUAGAAGCAACAACAAAGUGUCAAGCAGAGGAAUGUAAGAACAGUCUGGCAACAAAAGAUGGAAUAAUUCAAUCAUUGACAUGCAGUUUGGAGGAUGGCAAAAAAACCAUCAGUGAACUAGAAAAAGAAAUAACUAGGCUUAAAUAUGAUUAUUCUAAAUUACAAGCAACAAAAAAGUGUCAAGAAGAAGAAGGUAUAAAGUGCCAAAAAACCCAAAACCAAUUAAUUCAAGCAUGGACAAUGCAUUUCAAGAAUGGGAAAGAAGAGAUGAAUAACCUAUUAAAAGAAAUAGAUAGGCUUAAGCUUAAAAUUUAUGACUUACAAGUAACAACAAAGCGUCAAGCAGAGGAAAUUAAAGAAAUUAAGAUAAAUCACGAGAAAACUAUUCAGUCAUUGACAUGGCAUUUGAAGAACCUUAAUGAAAACAUCAGUAAUCUACAAGAAGAAAUAGCUAGUCCAGAACAUGAAUAUUCUGAUUUGCAAGCAACAACAAAGUGUCAUGCAGAAGAAAAUAGAAAGUGUCAGAAAAACCAAAAUCCCCACUACUUCUUCACAGACGAUGAAUUCCUGCAGGUUAACUCGAGCGACGCUCCAUCAUCCGUGGCAACCGGCUUCUCCCUUCAGUAACUGCCUGAUCGUCUUUAGAGGUUCAUUUAAAAAGCUAGGGAUGUCAUCAUUUUGUACCCAGGAAUGUGCAUAAAGCCAAUGUGUUACUGUAAAAAAAACCAUUCUUUAGCCAAACACCCUGUUAAGGGUUUGCCUCUCACACAAAAAUUAUAGUAACUAGAAAGAGGAGGUCAUGAAUCCAUUGUAAGGGCACAUUAAGAACAUUAAAAGACUCUGUGAUGACCGGGCGUUGGUGGUGCAUGCCUUUAAUCCCAGCACUCGGGAGGCAGAGCCAGGCAGAUCUCUGUGAGUUCGAGGCCAGCCUGGUCUACAGCGUGACUUCCAGGACAGCCUCCAAAACAAUACAGAGAAACCCUGUCUCAAAAAAAAAAAAAACAACAACAACAAAAACCAAACAGAACCUGUGGGAACUUUUUGCCAACAUAUUUUAUCAUUUGGGAGUUUCACACAAUGCACCCUGACCACACUCACUUCCCAGUCCUCCCAGCCCCACCCCUCACUCUUGUGACCUCCCUCAAGAAAAAGAACAGAAAAAAAACAAGUCCAAUUUGUGUUGUCCCUAUGCUCACUGGAUCGCGGUCAAUUCUCAGUGACCAGCCCCUUAAAUAGAACUGAGUCCUUCCCGUGCCUCACUCCCACCAGAAACCAUCAACCUUGGGGAGCUACACUUCAGCAUCCCUGUCACGACUUUGGAGUUCUCGAAAUGGCUUCCUGUCUAGACCGUUACUUUUGGGGGUAGGGUGGAGAGAGGCUGCCACAGAAGCUUUCUGUCUCUCAUUCUCAACUGAGUCUGCAGUCGUCGAUACAGCUGCAAAAGAAGUUCCUUGUCCUCUGUAACGCAGAUCGACUUCCACAUGCUUUCUGGCAACAAUAGCACCAACUGCUGACAUCCACAAGGCCUCCGACAACAGCACAGACCACAGACCUCAGCAUAGUCUCUGGCAGCAAUACAGACCACAGACGUCAACAUGGUUUUUGGUAACGGCCAGACCAUGGAUAUCCACACAGCCCCCAGCCACAGCAGAACCACAGACAUCAGCGUGACAGAACCUGGACCUCCACAUAGCCUCGGGUCUAAUCCAGACUGAACCAUCCUCCAUCGGGGACACCCUGCCUUAGCUCAGAACCAGGAAGAGCAUCCGGCCGGGCAGUGUGUGCAGGGUAGAGCCUGCAUGAGCUCUGGGCUGCUGCACAUCACCCUGCCAGUCGUGCUCAUUGCUGGCAUGCUCACCUGUCCCAGCAGCCUUUCCCCACACCUGUCUGUCACUGCCAUCCCAUCUCCGGUUCCCACUCUCCACCGCACACUUGCUGCUCUCUUCCUCCAUCUCCCCACCUCUCCAUCACGUAUUUGUUCAUGGAAGUGGCAUUGCAAAAUGGCAGUGCAUUUUUGGUCCAAAUAGAUUUCACACUUAUUGCAAUUAGUCAUUGGUCUAGUUCAAGGUUUCUGGCUUUUGAGGCACUAUAAAUACGGGACCAUCAUCAUGACUUGCCUCGGAUAUCCUGCUAUUGUCCAGAGUUAGGGUGGCUAGCACCAUUGGCAGGAUGUACUGGGGCAAAAAAAAAGUCUAUGAACUGUGGGACAUGCUAGAGUUUGUGAUACUCCUUCCAGGCACAGAUAUGCAGUGGUGAGGAGGAAAAGGAGGAGGAAUAGAGGGUGUGUGAGGUGGAGAGUUGGGACUGGAGAUGUGGGGCGGUGUCAGGGCAGGCCCUGCUCAGCAACGUCACGUGAUUUAUCUGCUGCAGCUGCACUCUCGUCCACGCACCAAGUCCCCAUGUCUGCUUCUUCAGGAUGCCUGGAGCAUACUUGAAUGUUUAUCUAAAUUUACAUCUCCGCUCAUUCCCUACAAAGUGGUAAAUGUGAUGAUCAUUUAAGUCUAGAAUGCCCCUCAGUGGGUCCCAACCCACAGGAAAGCAUAUGAAAAGAAAAUGGAGAUAUUUACCUUGGAUGUUUUGGAGAGUUUCCUAAUAUUUUAUUAGUAUAGUGAUACUUAAUAAUAAAUAAUAUGAUAACUUAUGUAAUGAUUUACAUUUCAAAUGAUAGAUUUUUUAUAAAAGGAAGAUGGUUUCUUAAUCUGUACCAAAAAUUCAUAGCAUCCCAGAUAAAGGGUAAAUUCAAAAUGGCUUUGGAGUUAACUUUUACCAUUUUGUCAUGGCCUCCUAACUUUUGAAGAACAAGCUAAUAGGAAGCAGAGAAGAUGUUAAAGUGAGGAUUCUCAGAGGGGAUCAUGGUCCUAUAGCAGCACAAGUACUAAUUGCCACACAGCUCAUUGAGGCCCUCAUCUCUUGCUCAUUGCAGAGGAAGAGUAGGACUCUCUGGCCACAGUCCUGGCUGGGUAGUCGACCUGCCGACAGAGCCUUCUAAGCCUUGCUUCCCUAGCCUUUCAGCCUUCGUAGCUUGUGCUUGUGCACUAGGAUCCCUGGCUUCACUCAAGCAGGGUGGGCUUUCCUCCUUCCCCUUAGUGUGUGUUUACACAUCCCACAUGUGGCCCCUGACAAGACUAGCCUGCACAGUCUAUCUGAAUGUGUCUUCAGCAGGACCUGGAGCUUGGCAGAUCUGAGCCUUCUCCAUGUUCUCAAGAUCUGACUUCACCUAUUCUCACUCCCCCUCCUCUUUUUCUCUAUCUCUUACAGUUUCACAAAGUACCUUGAGCUAGCUCGGUAGCCUGUGUGGGUUUGAAUAUGUGAGUCUCAUGCCUUGACAUCCUAAGCAUCCAAGAAGCUGGUGGCAUUAUAGACAUGUUGUCCCCAGGCCUGGUGUCAUCUAUCUCUUCUUUUAGUAACUCUUUCUUCUCUGCUUCUGAGGCUUCCACUACCCCCACCCUACCCCUCACCCCCCACCCUAUUGCUAGACUGGAACUAAGCAUCUCAUGCCUGAAAGUGCAGGCCCCCAAUGCUGUGCGGCUCCUUCCAGAGCUGAUAAUCAGCUUUUCUCAGCUAUUAGCAUGUAUUUCCCGGGGGUGGGGGGCUCUGUCCUCUUCUAACCACACAGGGGUUCGGGGACUGUUUGUUAACUAGGUCCCUGUAGACCACAGGUUUCUAAGGCUUCUAGAGAACCCAUUUCACAGAUGAAAAAUAUGACUAUCAAAGACCCUUUCCUCUUGGGGAAGUUGAUGACUUCUCUUUUUAAACUUUUUUGGGUUUUUUUGUUUUUCAAGCAAAAUCUCACUAUGUAUCUCUGGAACACCUUGACCUAGCAAUCCUCCUGCCUCUGUCUCCUGGGUUAUGGGAGAGCACCACCAUGCCUGGCAAUCUGUUCUAGACCCACCUCAGGCAUGAAAUGAUGAGAGAAUCCAUAUGAGACCAUGUCUGUUCAAAGUUAAUGGCGACACAAACAGAAUAGUGAGUGGUUUAAAAGCAACUGGAGAGACGGCUCAGCAGUUAAGAGUGCUUGCUGUCCUUGCAGAGGACCUGAGUUUGGUUCCCAGCUGCCAUGAUGGGUAGCAACCACCGGGAACUCCAGAUCCAGGGGGCUCAACUUUUUUUUUCAUUUUUUUAAAUUAGAAACAAGCUUCCUUCAUGUCAAUCCCAGCUCCCUCACCCUCCCUAAACUCUUCUUUUGCUGUUGUUUGUAUUGUUUUUGUCUUUGUUUUAAGACAUGGUCUUACUCACUACAGAGUGAGACCAUGGCUCUUAACUCAUUAGGUAGACCAGAUUGUGAGAGAACUCACAGAGACCCACCUGUCUCUGCCUCUUGAGUGCUGAGACUAAAGGUGUGUGCCACCGUAUAGUCCCCCUGUGCAUGUGAGUAUACCCACACAGAGACACAUCGUUUUUGUUUUGCUUUGUUUUGUUUUGUUGUUUUGUUUUUUGAGAUAGGGUCCUUCUAUGUUGCCCUAGCUUUCCUGGAGCUUGCUUCAUAGGUCAGGUUGGCCUCAAACUCACAGAGAACCAUCUGCCUCUGCUUCCCAAGUGCUGGGAUUAAAGGUGUAUGCCACCAUGACGUGGCCAGAGAUAUAUAAUUUUAAAUAAAUCUUUUAAAAAACAAGCUGAUAAUGGAAAGACAUAUAAAAUGUCCCUGUAUGUAGAAGGGUGUGUUGAAAUGGAUGCUUCCUGUACCUGCCUGCUUAGACACUGAUGCAAGAAUUCUCUUAGAGGUGUGUUUCAGCAUUAAUUGAUGGAUAAUCACAUAUCUCUUGAACACUAGUAGAUGCAAAUAAAUUACUCUGUAAAGUAAUAUUAUCAACUUA